AUGGCGGCCCCGCUGCUGCCGCUGCUGCUGCUCCCGGCGCUGCUGGCGCUGGCGCUGGCGCUCGCCGGCCGCUGGGGGGCGCUGCAGCUCCUGCACCCGCAGGGGGCGCUGCACCUCGCUCGCCUCGCCCGCCGCAAGGGGGAGCCCGUCCUGCGCAUGCGCCUCGGGGGCCGAGAUGUGCUGGUGCUGAGCUCGGCCGACACCAUCCGGGAGGCGCUGGCCCGGCACUGCGGGGAUUGGCUGGGGCGGCCCCCGAGCUACCUGGCCCCGUUGGUGUCGCGGGGGGGCCGGGACCUGGCGCUCGGGGCCCCCACCCCCGCCUGGCGGCUGCAGCGCGGGGCCACGCGGGGGGCACUGGCGAGGGCGGGGCCACGGCUGGAGGCGGAGCUUCGGAAAAGGGGGCGUGGCCUGACGGAGGAGCUCCGUUCCCACGGGGGGGCCCCCUUGGACCCCUUCGAGGUCUUCGCCUUCCACACGUGCAGCACCAUCGGGGGCCUCAUCUUUGGGGACCUGCUGCCCCCCGAGGCCGAGGUCCGCGCCUUCAGCGGCUGCGUCCUGGAGCUGCUGCGGCUGUGGGGGAGGGGCUCGCUGCGGGCGCUGGAGCUGGUGCCGGAGCUGAGGGUCCUGCCCCAGCCGGGGCUCCGGAAGCUGCUGGAGCUCGUGGAGCUGCGGGACGCCUUUGUGGGGGCCCAGAUCCGGAAGCACGAGGAGUGCCCCUCCCCCCCCCGGGACACGGUGCUGGGGGCGCUGCGGGACCCCUCGCGGCCGGGCCCCCCCCUGAGCCCCCCCCGCCUGCACAUGGCCCUCGUUGACCUCUUCAUCGGCGGCACCGAGACCACGGCCGCAGCCCUGGCCUGGGCCAUCGCCUUCCUGCUGCACCGGCCCGAGCUGCAGGAGCGGCUCCGCUCCGAGCUCCGCCGGGAGCUCCCCCCGGGGGCUCUGCCCCAGGCCUCGGACUCGCGGCGCCUCCCCCUGCUCCAGGCCGUGGUCACCGAGACCCUGCGGCUGCGGCCCCCGGCCCCGCUGGCUCUGCCCCACUGCGCCCAGCGCCGCACCAGCCUGGGGCCGCUCUCGGUGCCCGCCGGCUCCAUCCUGGUCCCCAACCUCUUGGCCGCGCAUCAGGACCCCGAGCUCUGGCAUCACCCCGAGGAGUUCCUGCCCGAGCGGUUCCUGGCCCCGGGGGCCCCGCUUCGGGCGCUGCUCCCGUUCGGGUGCGGGGCGCGCUCGUGUCCGGGGGCGGCGCUGGCCCGGGCCGAGCUCUUCGUGUUCCUGGGCCGGAUCCUGCGGGAAUUCCGCCUGGAGCCGCCGGCGCCGGGGCUGCUCCCCUCGCUGCGGGUGCGCGCCGGGACCGUGCUGCGCUGCCCGCCCUUCCGCGUGCGCCUGCGGCCCUGCCAGGACCUGGACUGA